CAUGUAGUGUUUAAGAGCUUUGAGAUACUUUUCUGUAUGGUCUUAAGUACCUAUGGGACCAGCUGAUCCUAUUUUGGGAGUAGCUGCUUAAUUCAAGGCUGAUCCAAGCACUUAAAAAGUAAAUUUAAGUAUAGGAGCUUAUCGUGAUAAUGAUGGAAAGCCAGUUGUACUUGAGUCAGUUAAAAGAGUAACUAAAUUAAUAUAUAAUAGGCUGAAUAAAUAAUAAAGGAGAAGAAAUUAGAUAAUGAAUAUCUUCCAGUUGAAGGACUUCAAUCAUUUAUUGAUGCUUCUAUAAAAUUAGGUUAUGGAGAUGCUUAUUAUGCUUAAAAUGGAAAAAGUAUUGCAGGAUGUUAAGUAUUGAGUGGAACAGGUGCAGUUAGACUUGGAUUUGAAUUUGCUAAGAAAUUCUUACCUUAAGGUACAAAAGUAUAUAUGCCAAAUCCAACAUGGCCAAAUCAUCAUAAUAUUGCUAGAAUGGCAGGAUUAGAAAUUUUAGAAUAUCGUUAUUUUGAUCCAAAAACACGUGGAGUUGAUUUUUCAGGAUUAGUAGAAGAUUUGAAUAAGGCUUAAAAUGGAUCAGUUAUCUUAUUCCAUGCUUGUGCUCAUAAUCCAACUGGUUGUGAUUUGACAUCAGCUUAAUGGACAUAAUUAUUAGAUUUGACUAAAAAGAAGAAUUUCCUUCCAUUUUUUGAUAUGGCUUAUUAAGGUUUCACAAGUGGAGAUGUAAAUAAAGAUGCUGAAGCAGUUAGAUUAUUUACAAAUUAAGGAGUUUCUAUUGUUUUAGGAUAAUCAUUUGCUAAAAAUAUGGGAUUAUAUGGGUAAAGAACAGGAUGUCUUAGUUUUGUAUGUGCUAAUUAAUAAGAAAAAGAGAAAGUUGUUUCAUAAUUGAAAUUGUUAGCUAGACCAUUAUGGUCAAGUCCACCACUUCAUGGUGCUAGAGUAGCUGAUAUCAUUCUCAAUACACCAGAACUUAAUUAAUUAUGGUUAUCAGAAGUUAAAAUGAUGGCAACUAGAAUUUAAUUAAUGAGAGUAAGUUUAGCUGAAACUUUAAAGAAUCUAGGUUCUCCUCAUGAUUGGUCACACAUAUCCAAAUAAAUUGGUAUGUUUGCAUUUACUGUAAUAAUUUAAUUCAUAUUUUUUAGGGUGUUGNGGUCUUAAGUACCUAUGGGACCAGCUGAUCCUAUUUUGGGAGUAGCUGCUUAAUUCAAGGCUGAUCCAAGCACUUAAAAAGUAAAUUUAAGUAUAGGAGCUUAUCGUGAUAAUGAUGGAAAGCCAGUUGUACUUGAGUCAGUUAAAAGAGUAACUAAAUUAAUAUAUAAUAGGCUGAAUAAAUAAUAAAGGAGAAGAAAUUAGAUAAUGAAUAUCUUCCAGUUGAAGGACUUCAAUCAUUUAUUGAUGCUUCUAUAAAAUUAGGUUAUGGAGAUGCUUAUUAUGCUUAAAAUGGAAAAAGUAUUGCAGGAUGUUAAGUAUUGAGUGGAACAGGUGCAGUUAGACUUGGAUUUGAAUUUGCUAAGAAAUUCUUACCUUAAGGUACAAAAGUAUAUAUGCCAAAUCCAACAUGGCCAAAUCAUCAUAAUAUUGCUAGAAUGGCAGGAUUAGAAAUUUUAGAAUAUCGUUAUUUUGAUCCAAAAACACGUGGAGUUGAUUUUUCAGGAUUAGUAGAAGAUUUGAAUAAGGCUUAAAAUGGAUCAGUUAUCUUAUUCCAUGCUUGUGCUCAUAAUCCAACUGGUUGUGAUUUGACAUCAGCUUAAUGGACAUAAUUAUUAGAUUUGACUAAAAAGAAGAAUUUCCUUCCAUUUUUUGAUAUGGCUUAUUAAGGUUUCACAAGUGGAGAUGUAAAUAAAGAUGCUGAAGCAGUUAGAUUAUUUACAAAUUAAGGAGUUUCUAUUGUUUUAGGAUAAUCAUUUGCUAAAAAUAUGGGAUUAUAUGGGUAAAGAACAGGAUGUCUUAGUUUUGUAUGUGCUAAUUAAUAAGAAAAAGAGAAAGUUGUUUCAUAAUUGAAAUUGUUAGCUAGACCAUUAUGGUCAAGUCCACCACUUCAUGGUGCUAGAGUAGCUGAUAUCAUUCUCAAUACACCAGAACUUAAUUAAUUAUGGUUAUCAGAAGUUAAAAUGAUGGCAACUAGAAUUUAAUUAAUGAGAGUAAGUUUAGCUGAAACUUUAAAGAAUCUAGGUUCUCCUCAUGAUUGGUCACACAUAUCCAAAUAAAUUGGUAUGUUUGCAUUUACUGUAAUAAUUUAAUUCAUAUUUUUUAGGGUGUUGGUCCAGAUCAUGUAAAAGAAUUGAUUGCUAAAUAUCAUAUCUAUUUAUUAAGUAGUGGAAGAAUAUCAAUUGCAGGAUUAAAUGAAGGAAAUGUUAAGUAUGUUGCUGAAGCAUUCCAUGAUGUGACCAAGAAUACAAAAUUGUGAAGUAUUAAUNCAGUUGUACUUGAGUCAGUUAAAAGAGUAACUAAAUUAAUAUAUAAUAGGCUGAAUAAAUAAUAAAGGAGAAGAAAUUAGAUAAUGAAUAUCUUCCAGUUGAAGGACUUCAAUCAUUUAUUGAUGCUUCUAUAAAAUUAGGUUAUGGAGAUGCUUAUUAUGCUUAAAAUGGAAAAAGUAUUGCAGGAUGUUAAGUAUUGAGUGGAACAGGUGCAGUUAGACUUGGAUUUGAAUUUGCUAAGAAAUUCUUACCUUAAGGUACAAAAGUAUAUAUGCCAAAUCCAACAUGGCCAAAUCAUCAUAAUAUUGCUAGAAUGGCAGGAUUAGAAAUUUUAGAAUAUCGUUAUUUUGAUCCAAAAACACGUGGAGUUGAUUUUUCAGGAUUAGUAGAAGAUUUGAAUAAGGCUUAAAAUGGAUCAGUUAUCUUAUUCCAUGCUUGUGCUCAUAAUCCAACUGGUUGUGAUUUGACAUCAGCUUAAUGGACAUAAUUAUUAGAUUUGACUAAAAAGAAGAAUUUCCUUCCAUUUUUUGAUAUGGCUUAUUAAGGUUUCACAAGUGGAGAUGUAAAUAAAGAUGCUGAAGCAGUUAGAUUAUUUACAAAUUAAGGAGUUUCUAUUGUUUUAGGAUAAUCAUUUGCUAAAAAUAUGGGAUUAUAUGGGUAAAGAACAGGAUGUCUUAGUUUUGUAUGUGCUAAUUAAUAAGAAAAAGAGAAAGUUGUUUCAUAAUUGAAAUUGUUAGCUAGACCAUUAUGGUCAAGUCCACCACUUCAUGGUGCUAGAGUAGCUGAUAUCAUUCUCAAUACACCAGAACUUAAUUAAUUAUGGUUAUCAGAAGUUAAAAUGAUGGCAACUAGAAUUUAAUUAAUGAGAGUAAGUUUAGCUGAAACUUUAAAGAAUCUAGGUUCUCCUCAUGAUUGGUCACACAUAUCCAAAUAAAUUGGUAUGUUUGCAUUUACUGUAAUAAUUUAAUUCAUAUUUUUUAGGGUGUUGGUCCAGAUCAUGUAAAAGAAUUGAUUGCUAAAUAUCAUAUCUAUUUAUUAAGUAGUGGAAGAAUAUCAAUUGCAGGAUUAAAUGAAGGAAAUGUUAAGUAUGUUGCUGAAGCAUUCCAUGAUGUGACCAAGAAUACAAAAUUGUGAAGU